AUGCCGAACUUCUUUCGCGAGGAUACCUUAGCCUUCGACAUAGUAACGUGGCAGUGGAACAGUGAGAAAAUCGGUGAAACACGAGGACGAAAGCGAAGUCAGCCUGAACCGUCAGAGGUGUCUUCGAAUGGCCUGAACGGUGAGCUUGACGAACCUGAGGAUGGGUUGAAAAUAUGGGGUUAUAUGCCAGGGCACGUACAUUUCAAUCUAGGCCGGAACAGUGGCGAGCAACUCCUCAGGAAGGACACUUCUGAAACCUCCGACAAGUCAGACGCCGUCGAGGGCGUGCUGCACGCGAUACCACCAAGAUCCAUCGCAGAUGCUAUCGUCAACCAUUUCCUAUCCGUUGUCAAUUGUCGGUACAGCGCCAUAUACGCUCCAACAUUUACCGACCAGUAUGUGCAGUGGUGGUCAGAUCGCGUCAACGGUCGUUCACUUUCACCCGAAUUCACUUGCUUGCUUCUCAGAGUACUCUCCUACUCCGUGCAAUAUCUUACUCCCGAACUUCGAAAAAUGAUCGAGUUUGAACUGGCUUGCAGCCCGCAGGUCAUGACAGAUCGUUUUCACAACGCUGCUGAACAGCUGAGCAAGAGCUUUUCGGUCUCCAGCACUUGCAUUGAGAGAGUACAAGAACUCUUCUAUAAAGGUGCUUGGCUUAAGUCCGAAUCGAGAAUUGUGGAGUCGUGGCACUCUUUGGGAUGCACUAUUCGUGAGGCCCAGGAGCUUGGCCUCGACAAAGAGACCUCAAACGAAGGACUGCCUGAAUUCGAUGUCGAAAUACGAAGACGCCUAUGGACCCUGCUGUACAUUUGGGACUGGCAGAUGUCCGCAUGGCUAGGCAGACCGCAUUUGAUUAAUCAAAAGGACUUAUCUUUCGAAUUUCCCAGUUUGCGGCUCGACCAAUCAGCAUCCGAGCCUAAUCUCCUCUCUCCGUUCGCUCACAUAGUCCUCCAAGCCAGGAUAGGACGACGCAUAGCGCUACUGAUGGGCGAUGUUCAGGUGAUCAGUCCAGAUCAAGUGUUCAUAGCUCUCGAUGAAAUCCGCGAUUUCAUCGAUGAACUUCCUCCGGUUUUUCGGAUAGAAGAUCCCGACCUGUCCUUGGACGAACAACAUCCCUAUUAUGUUUUCCAGCGUCACCAGCUGCAUGUCGUCAUUCACAUGGCCAUGCUCGAUUUACUGAAGCCGUACCUUACUCGCGACCCGAACAAUCCAAAGACGUCGCGGGAUGCAAGAUUGCGCAAGACAGGCGUGGAAACUGCGUUAAAGAUGCUUGAUAUAGCGCGGCUGCUGUUCGACCAUGAAUUCCCGAUCAACGCUAAGUUUCACAUGGUUAUCUUCUGUAUCUUCGACACUGCGACGAUCCUUUGCUCGGCCAUCAUUCACGAUGUUGACAGCGUACUACCUCAUCGCGAAAGAGUUAUGGACGCGGUCGAAGGCGCGCUGGAUAUGCUCCAACAGCUCAGCCUCACCACAAGGCUCGGCGCAUCCUCUUACUGGUUCUUGUUCAAGCUUGUGCAGGCUGCACCCGUGUUGUCGCAAUACGCUCCAAUUACCAAGCGGCAACGAACACUGCAAAGUAUGGGUUCUAGCCAAUCAUCGUCAGAGGUGAGGACGCCCUUAUCAGAGCAACCAUUUCCUGUGACCACAGCCCCGAUUAUUGAGCCAAAACCGAAAAUGGUACCGAAUACGUACAACCAUGUGCCUAUUCCGGAGAUGGCGACUACUGACGACCUUGCUUUUGACGUGGACCAGUUUCUGGCGCAGAAUCCUUUCGACAGCUCAUCGAAUCUGGAUAUUGGGGGCAUGGAGGUCGUAUUCGACUGGGACGGUCUGAACCUCGACUUUGGACUAUUGAACGACGACACAAACAGCAACAGGUUUCAAUGA